AUGACCUUCUUCUCUACCCUUUCUUCGGCUUCGGCUUCGAUGCAAUACCUACACGCGCCACCUGCUCCUUCUCGCAAGCGCAGCCAGAUGCUCAAUCCUAAACGUGAUGAUAUUGAUGAUUUCUUGUCUUCUGACCUUGAGCUGUCGUUUGCUUCUACCAUGUCUCUCAACUCUCCUCCACGUGACACAAUGACGCUCGCGCAAGAUCACGAUGUCCCAAUGGAUAUCUCGCCUGCGUACCGCCCCCUUCAGAAGGAGAAUGAGAAGACGAACAGGCCUACCACGCGCCCCCGUGCAUCCACCAGUGCCGCUCGCAUUUUCGGUCAGGACAUGAGCAACAGCAAUUUCUCCAAUGACUCCGUCAGCACAAAAACUGGCUCUCAAGCAAACUUCAAACGAACCCAGCGCAGUGCGCUUCCUAUGGAGUGGAUAGUCGCCUCUAAGCCUUUAAGAACCUCUCAGACAAUGGGUGGAAACAUGUUUGCUCCGCCGCCGGAUGUGUCUAUUUCUUUAGCGGCUGAUGACGCCAUGGACGUGGAUCCUGUUCCCGAGGUUUCUGCGCAGGACCUGUUGCCCUCUCCGCCUCUUUCUGCAGCACCCGCUGUGACUGAGUUUAACAAUCUGUUUUAUGGGGCUAUGUCCCAAUCUUACUUAGACACCCCUGGAGGGCUGCAGCCAAAAAAGCGUCGUUCUUUAUCUCCGGAGACCAUUUCGCGGGUUGAUCAUGAAGCUUCGUCAUCGCCUGCUCCUUCGUCCCCUUCGCAGCACAAGCUAGAUCGCAUGGCUACCUUCGCCAAACCUGCACUUCAGGGCCUGGGAGUCCCUCCUAACGCAAGCAAACGAGCCCGGCGUAUUGUCUUCUCAGCCUUGGUACAACCCGGUGUUCCUUCGCCACAAUCCGCAUACCCCACGCUUGAUUCAAACGCUUCGUCAGAGAAGCAGUCAUCACUCGAAUUGCCUCCUUCGCGACGUGCCUUUUCUAUGGUGCCAUCCACUGUCCUCGAACACUUCUCUGAUGAGGGUUCUUCUUUCGACGAUCCUGACAUGUCCUCUCCCGCCCAGGCAUACGCCAAGCGACAGCAGGUCAAGGCCAUCCGCAGACGCGACGGAACGGAGGAUUUCAGACCUCUGACUGGCGCGAUCGCUAUGGUUCAGCGCGAUAUGUUUGAGAGUCCCUCUGCGAAAUUCAUGGCUGCAGGAUUGCCAGGAUUUGGUGAUAAUGAGACACUGGGCAAAGUCUUACCAUGUCACCGCGUGCGCGAGGAUGGCUUGAUGAGGGUCGUACCGAAAACUCUGGAUGACCUUCUUGACGGUGCCUAUAAUUCCCGCAUCGCAAGUUUCCACGUUAUCGACUGCCGCUUUGACUAUGAGUACAAUGGUGGACAUAUUCCCGGCGCCGUCAACAUCAACACCACCACUGGCGUGGAAGAAUUCUUGCUUGGCGUGCAGAAGCCUAAACCAUCUGUUAGUGGCGACUCCCAGAAAAAGACUAUCCUGGUUUUCCACUGUGAAUUCAGUGCAAAGAGAGCUCCAACAUUUGCUAAACAUCUCCGUGCCAAAGACCGCGCGAUGAAUAACCACAUAUAUCCAAAGAUUCAUUAUCCGGAGAUUUACAUCUUGGAAGGCGGGUACUGCGAAUAUUACAAACAGUGUGCUUCUCGCUGUCGUCCUCGGGGCUACGUCACGAUGGACGACCCCAACUUUGCACUUUCCCGCAAAGAGGACUUGGAUCAGUUCCGCAAGGGCAGAUUUGGACGCACCAAGUCAUACGCUUACGGUGACCUGGCUUCGAAGGUUACUGGCAUGACUCAACAGUCAUCCAAGAGGAACACAGCGCCUGCUGGUGCUCCCCAGCUAUUUGCUGCCGCAAACGCCGCUCGUACACGCCGUAAUGGUCUCUCAACUGUGACUGAGAUCGGUAAUAUCACCCAGACAGACGACGAGGAGACCGACAUCGGCGACAGCCCCUGCCCCCCUCCCAAUAAAGGUACCAUGCUGUUAUCAAAGGCGAAAAGACUGGGUCGUGUCGGUAUGACCCGCUCUGAAACUUUUGAUGCGACUCGCAUGGCUGCGCAUUAA